AUGGAGAACGAAGCUGGGGAAGUGCCUCACUAUAGCAAAAUUCCCGUCGGAUCGUCGGUUUCCAUCGUAACAAGCGUGAGGUACAAGUAUGAAGGAGUCGUAGUCGCAGUUAAUUCGAUUGAAAACACGAUUACACUUCAGAAUGUGAAAUUCUUGGGUACAGAAGGUCGAACUUCCGAAAAUGCGGCUAAUCAAAGUACGGAGUCAAAUGGUCCUGCCGUCGGUUCUCUUUUUGAAUCUGUAACGUUUUGGAUGUCGAGUGUCAUCAAAUUAUCGGUCAUCAAUGACCCCAAAGUGAAGAAUGAACUGGGCGAUAACGCGGUAAAGACUGCGAAUAGCGUUGAGGAGAAAAAACCAACACCGAAUAAACAAAAUACGAUAAGCGGGGACAGCGUGUCUUCUGCUCACUAUUCGAAUAAAGAAACCACCAAGGAGAGAAAGCCCAAUCGUGGGCCUAGGCAGAUCACAUACGGCAACCGCCGUGGUAGAAAUUCUGGUGCCUCACGUCAGCCGUUCGUGGUAUAUAAUGCCGGUUCUGUCCAAGUGCCGUCUGGCGGUCGGGGCCGCUUUGUUGCUCCGAUAAGUGAGUUUCCAGCUUAUCGUCCGAAAGAAGGCCGCCAGGGUCGCAGAUCGCGUCCGCCAGGUGGCAGGAACAGGGUAUCCUACCCUCAAGAUACAAGAAAUGGUGGCAUGAUAGUUUAUUUGCCACCAGAAGUAGCUACUGUCUACAGAACAAAUGGCGUGAAUGUAUUACCUCAAUCGAGUUUCAGUAGGCCACGCAGUGGUGGAAGAAGGCGUAAUUACGAACGACGUAAUGGACCUCCUCGCGGGGCUCCUGCCAAGUCAGACCUGGACACUACUAAACCCUACGACUUUGAAACGGCCAACGCGGAACUUGCUGCCGAACUUGCUAAAAUAAAUUUGGAAUCCGAAAAUGCAGAACGCCAAGCUACACCCAACUCCGGCGAUAGGCAGGUGCAUCUUUCGUCUGAAUCAGGCGUAAAUUUUGCCGGUAAAACAUCAGACAGCGGAGCCUCAGGUGACUCCUCAACAGGGGUGGUCACUGUCAUAAGAGGUGGUGAUAUUGAUGCUUUGACAGCUGUCGACGGAAUCCGGACUUUGUCUAGAGGUGAGUUCUAUGUUCGCGAGAAGUGUUUCUUCGAUCAAAUAAGUCGUUCCGAGGGAGGCCCGCGAGGUCCUACUGGCGGUGUCAAAGGCGAGCGUGGACGUCUAAACCGUGAAAACAACUUGGGACAAGGCAACUCCGGUCGGUCUGACAACGGCUCUUCCAUGUCCAAUGCUCGCCGGGAGCGUCAGCUGAAUAUCGAGACUUUUGGGCCAAUGGCUACACGCAGCAUUUAUAACCAGCGAAGACGUCCGACGGGAAGCGUCCCUCGUGAUCUCCUCGUGUCGGCUACCGCCUGA